UAUUUGCAAACUGUUCAUUUUAAGAACUUCUUAAUGUUUUGUCCCUCUCACAUGAGGCUGUUUACUUAGCCAACAACAUUACAAAUUGAAAAACUAAGUAUGAGCCAUGCACAAUCCGCUGUUUACUUACAUUCUCCGCGCCUCCGCUGUGAGCUCUUCCCGCUAAUCAACCGCCAAACUUUCCUACAAGACCGCCGGAGCCUCCCACCUCUGGAGCCCGAGGAGAAGUCGUUAUCUUCGGCUGGAGUUUCGGUAAGCGUCGGCUCCUCGGUGUCGUCACAACCGUCUUGAACGCGACUCUCCUCUUCCUCCGGGUCGUCCUCCUCUUCUUGGUAGAGGACUCCCGAAGCUAGCAACCGCUCCAGGACUAACUCAUCCACCCUCAGCUCGGCUCUCAUCGUCCCCUCUCCGGAGAUGGAUGUGGUGUGUCGGCACAGCGGGCAGACGAUGAAUCGGUCCGCUCCCAGACGUGCCUCAUCGGGGGGGCCCAGGGGUCGUGAAAGGGCCAGCAGGCAGCUCUCACAGAAGCUGUGUUUGCAGUGGAGCUCCCGGGGACACCGCCGACCUGCGUUGUAGGUCCCGUAACAAAUUCCGCACUCAUGCUCUGUGUACAUCCUGCUUUCUGAUCCUGGCUUGGUUUGAAUGACGUCUUGAUUUUACCAUCUUCUGAUUCAUCUACAAGUUGCAGCUUGCCAUCACUGAGCACCCAAGCCAACUCCAUCCACUCACCCUCCCUCCCACCAUGGAUGUUGUCCCAGCUACCCAGCAGGAGGACCCAGGUGCUGCAGCACCCUGCCUCAACACCACCCCUGGGGAGCCCAUGGAUGUGGAGUGUCCCAUCUGCUACCAGGAGUACAACCAGUACAACAAACGCCCACGGAUGCUGCAGUGUCUCCAUGUUUUUUGCACCGAGUGCCUCCAGAGGAUCCAGCUCUGCCCCUGCGAGCCCCCCAACCUCCGCAGCCCACCAGCUAUCCCCUGCCCCCUGUGCCGCCACCUUACCCCCCUGGAGACUGGGGAUGCCCUCUCCUUACCCUGCAACUCCCGCAUCCUGGCCAGGCUACCCCAUGUGGCCUUCCGCCUGCCUGUGACCAAGGCAACACGCCUAGCUACUGUCAACCGGAGAGUGGUGCUCUCUGUGGAGGGCGACAGCAGAGACACCCGCUUCAUCAUCCUGCCCACCGUCAGCCUGCGAGUGCAGCAGAUGCACCCGGGCAGGCCGUAUGGCACGGCGCCAGGCCUGGUGGGUGAAGAGGAAGUCAUAGAGCAGAGCAAGAAGACCCUGUUCUGUGUGCAGCUGCUGGCUGUCACCUUCUGGGUGCUGUUUGUGAUCACCUGCGUGAUCGGGGUGGUGUUUGGGCCACGUUUCUUUAACAAGAAACUUUAAUAGGAAAAAAAUAGUUCUCCUUUAUAUAGCAGAUAUUGAUAUAGAGAUUUUUUUUUUUUAUCUAUAUUUUAAUGAAGAUAUUUUUUUGACCACUGUGUUUGCUGUUUACCCUGUAGUUAUGGGACCAACAAAAAUUUGAUUGUUAUUUAUAGAAUACCACCACUUACACCAAUCCUUACUCACCGUACUGCAUAUGUGUUGCUCUUUCAUUGAUAUACUGAUGAAGAGUUCCCUCUAGUGGUUUAUUUGGAAAUGUAGAACUGAGAUCACUGUGAAUGAAAAAGUGAUUAAAAACUAAAUGUGCUGUCUUCUCUAAGGUUUUAUAAAGUUUUCCAUCUGCCUGUUGAAUAAUGUUAUUAGCUGAUCACCAAAAAUUGUCAUGGGUUAAUAAAAAUGUGCACAGUUGUGGAUUCAC